CCAAGAGGAAACGGAAAUAAGUCUUCUGAAGCCGCAGAUUUCUGCCACUGUCUAAAUGAAAGGUUUUUAUGUUUACAUUUAUGGAAAUAUAAGUAGAAACUCUCCUGCAGGCGUGUGCACGGUGUACUCCUCCUCCAGCGGAGUGAAUGAAGAGAGUGACACAAACACAACACAACACAGAAGCUGUGCCUUUAAACCAGCCCACUGCUGCAGCGAGAGUCGACUGGCGCUGUCAUACAUGUUAAAACGGCUUGCCAUAUGCGUCUGAAUCUGCAGCAGGGCAUUACUAGUGCAUUGUCUUAAGAGUCCAGAUCUGUUCUUACAAUGGAUUUCCCUUUCGACCUGAACGCGCUUUUCCCCGAGAGAAUCACUGUGCUGGAUAACAGCUUGAGUGCAGGUCGGAAAGCGCAUGGGAGACCAGAUCCUCUUCUUCAGAUCAGCUCAGUUAUAGAUGAGCUGGGCAAAGCCUCCUCUAAGGCCCAGCAGCUGCCUGCUCCUAUAACCAGUGCUGCAAAGCUCCAGGCCAACAGACACCAUCUCUACCUCCUGAAAGAUGGAGAACAGAACGGUGGGAGGGGUGUUAUUUUUGGGUUUCUGAAGGUUGGCUACAAGAAGCUGUUUUUACUUGACCAACGGGGGGCGCAUUUGGAGACCGAGCCAUUGUGUGUGCUGGAUUUUUAUGUGACCGAGACACUGCAGAGGCAUGGCUACGGGCUCGAGCUCUUUGACUUCAUGCUGAAACACAAACGGGUGGAGCCUGAACAGAUGGCGUAUGAUAGACCUUCUCCUAAAUUUCUGUCAUUUCUAGAAAAGCACUAUGAUCUCAAGAACAGUGUGCCUCAGGUGAAUAACUUUGUGGUGUUCAGUGGAUUCUUCCAGAGUAGAUCAGUGGUCCAACUGAGAAAAGUUCACCCAAAAAAGCCAGAGGGAGAGAUCAAACCGUAUUCACUAAUGGAAAGAGAAGUGGUUCGGGAGGAGCAGAGGGUUCUCCCCUGGCCAUUCGUUCACCCCGCGGGUCCCCCCCACUCUCCCCCUCUGCUUCCGUCAUCUCCGCAAUCCCGUUCGCUCAGUGUGGGAUCCUCCCCCAGCCGGGCCCUGCUCCGCCCCGCCGCGGCCCCCCGGACCCCCUUCUCCCAGCUCAACGACAGCUGCAGGGCAAAACGCACCAGCUAUCAGGGUCUGGUUGCCAGGAGCAACCUCUACAGUCGCCAUAUCAACAGCCGAGACCUCGGGCAAUUAUUGGUGGAAGAGCAGAACCCCUUGAAGCUUCCAGCUGUCGUGUGUGCUUCCUCAGGGCUGAAAGCAGAGCUCAGUGAGAGAGUGUGUGACACAAGGGGAACACAAACACACUUCAGAAAGACCACAUCCUCAAGGCCAGGUUGUGUCCCUUCCGACACGUGCCGCCCCCAAGAAAGAUCAUGUUCAGGAGCAGACCUCCAUAACAGCCCUGGAAUGCAGAGAAGAGCUGCAGACCAAAGUGUCACAGAACAGAGAAGAGGGCUGGAGGAAAGGUGGAGCGACUACAACGGAGAGGGGCUGAUGGUCCUGGACGGUUGGGGAGAGCCGCUGUACGGCCCAGUGGGUCAGACAGAAACAAGAGUAUCGCAGCACACGGCCCUGGUGACAGAAGAUGUUAAGAACAGAAAUGAACGGUUGGACAUCGCAAAGAAGUGAGAAUAAUAAAGGGAGAGAAAGAAUUUUUAUUAAACCACAAAAGUGAAAAAGACCUUUAAUGAAAAAAAACAUCAGCAGCUAUUUGUAACUUUUUUUAUCAGUCCUAUUUAUAAAUGUGUCAGCUAUUCAUUUUAUGACUUGUGCUUUUAUAAUCACAAUGCUUUAUAAUGUUUUUCAAAAACCGGUCAAUGCAAAA